UUGUAGGUUGCCUUCGAAACCAUUCAUAUAUUUGUGUUGUUAAAGAAAUAAAAACAAUAACGAGCAAAAAAUGAUCUUUCACUUUUACGCUGUUGUGUUAACAUUAUUCUUGUGCGACUAUGUGGCAGCGGCUUUGUGCAUUGCACGUAAUCCGUUAUCAAAAAUGUACGGUUACAUGUCAUGUUGUUCUAACAAAGACAGCAGAGAAGAAUGCUUUAAUAUCGAUGAUUUUAAAUACGCGGGAGACCCAAUUAAAUUUAGCUGCAUACAUGAAGACCAGCAACUCGGUUUUGAUGUGUAUAAAUCUGACGAAGAUGACAUGAUGGAAUUGGCAGCAAAAUUGGAUAACGGAAGGGGCAUUUCCCUAUUUUUUCACGGAAUCGGAAACAAAGUUUCCAUCGACGGCUAUUUUUUUAAUGCUGUGAAAGAAUGGUUUUCUGUGUCCGAUAAAAAUAUCUGCAUCAUAACGUAUGUAUAUGCAAAACCUACAACACUGCUCACCCUUUUGAUUGACGUGAACAAAAUGGUGAGGACAAAACGGUUGGACUUUGUAGCGAAGCAAGCUCGUGAUUUGGUGUUGAAUGUUCGCGAAAAGUGUGUCGAAUCUGGGAAAAGUGAUUGUCUUAAAAGUAUGUCACAAGUGGAUGUUAUUGGAUUUAGCUUUGGUUCUUACAUAGGUAGCCGCACCUGUGAAUUUCUCUAUGAAAAGACAAAAGAAAGAGUUAAAACUUUAUUGGGACUUGAUCCUCCGAGAACUACCAUUUUCUUGGACAACUCGCCACAUUUUAAGAGGGGCGAUGCCGAGUACACGCAAGUUUUGCACACCUCAAAUAAUUUUGGGACAUCUAAAAAAAUUGGCGACGUAGACAUCUAUGUACAUUAUAAAUUUGAUACGAUUUUGUUGAAUUUAUUGAAAAAGCAUGGCUUGAGUGUGUUUCUACACAUCGCAACUGCAACAAAACGACUCUAUCUCAUAGCCGAAGAAAAUGGAAAUGGAACUAUGAUUGCCAAUGUUGGACAAAAACUUCGUCCAUUGAAAUCCAAUGAGGUCUUACUGGGUGUGUAUGGAACAUUCAAUCAGCGAAAGAAGGAAAAAACAUUUGAGCUGAAUCUAGUCGAUAAAACGAAGCUUUUUUGGGACAAUCUUAGUGGCCUUGUGAAUGUGAAAUAUUUUGGUUGAUUGACAUGUGUCGUAUUGUCAUUGCAUUUUUAUAUUUCAAUAUGAAAGGAAAGCCUGACAAUAAAUAUCAUUCGAAUAAAUGAAAAAUUGUGGAUUAACCUUUUUUUAUCAAUAAAUGAAAGCGUUAGCUCGUGUAAUUCAAAUAA